AAUUCGAGGUAAACAAUCUACUGUCAAAGCGUUUGGCAAAUUAAAACAUACACAAAUCGCUCUCGUGCUAAAAAUUCACUAAAAGUACACAUAAAUCCAUUAAAAACCUUAUCAAAAUGGCACUUUCCAUGCAGAAAAGAAACAAUGUACGCUUACCACCGGAAGUGAACCGGGUCCUGUACGUGCGAAACCUUCCGUACAAGAUCACGUCGGAUGAAAUGUACGAUAUUUUCGGCAAAUACGGGGCAAUUCGACAAAUUCGAGUGGGCAACACGCCUGAAACUCGCGGUACCGCCUUCGUGGUGUAUGAAGACAUUUUUGAUGCGAAAAACGCCCGAGACCAUCUGUCGGGAUUCAACGUCUGUAACCGGUACCUGGUGGUGCUUUACUACCAAUCGACGAAGGCGUUCAAGCAGCUCGAUGUCGAUAAGAAGCAGGAUGAGCUGGACCAAAUGAAGGCCAAGUACAACAUCAGCACGGAAGAGCUAAGAAAAUAGGUCCGUCACACACCGUCUCUAGGUUUAUGUAUGUAAGGUAUAUAAAAACACACAAACUUUCCUAUUUGUAAGAACCAAAA